CCUUCCUACUACAGCCAUAAUGUGAUGCUAUUAGGGAGACUUGCCUUAACUGAUAUGUUGGAGUUAAUGGGAGAUAGAAAUCCUUGACCAUGAAAGUACCUGUUGUUAAGCAGCAGCUAGAAUCACUACCAUUGUCAAGUGCCUCCUGCUUCUCAUGUUAGAAACAAAUUCCUGCACAUCUGAUAUCUUCUGGACAUCUUCACGGGGAUGUCUCACCAGUCCCAUGAACUCAGUAAGUCCCACCCAAAAUUUCCUUUCCCAAACUUGUCCCUCUCUCUCUAUUCUGUAAUUCUGUUAAUGGCACCUUCAAAUCCCCAGUUAUCUUGGGGCUCAGAGUUUCAGCCACUGUUGACUCCUUCCUCUCUCUUGCCUCCAUAUUCAACCUGUUGCCAAGUCCUCCCCAUUCAUUCAUAUCCUACUCGCCUUUAUUGUCACUGCCUGGUUCAGUAUCUCGCACCUAGAUACUGCAAGAGUCUCCUGCCUGCUCUCUUGAGACCAAUCUCUGAUAAGCACAGCUCUAACGAUGUCACUUCCCUGCUCAAUGGACUUCCAAGGAAUCCAUUAGCUUGGCAUUCAAAACUCUUGAUGACUUAACCCAAAUCUACAUUUCUCCUAUUUUCAAUAAUUUUUAAAUGUGUAUUAUGCCUAUCUUCUAAGUUAUUUUGGGUUGACCUUUAAAAAUUAUCCUUUAAAACUGUUAUUGCUUUUGCAGGUCCACGGACUGUGACUCUUCCUGCAACCUGCAGCUUUUCCACGUUCCUUUUACUUCAGACCCACUGUCCUUGCAACUCCCUGCAGUCGGAUAGUCUCAUACCUUGGACUCUUCUGAACAUAAAUAGCCGCUUGGCUUAUUGAACUACCAAGGGGAAAUGUGGUUCCAGAGCCAAAUUGUGAGUGCCCAAAACAAAACAAAACAAAAACAAAACCAAACCCUACUCUGCCUGCCUUAAGCUCCCAUUCCCUCCCACAGGACAUACAACACCAUUUCAUUCUGCCCUGGAGUGAUCAUUGGCCUAAACGUUGAGCGCCCAAUCCUGCAUUCAAUCCCACAGCCCCGCCCCGCCCCCCCGUCAUAGUCAAGGCCGAUUUAUUCUUUUGAUUUUCCGUGAUUUUAACCAAUCACUCCGCUCCCCAUCCCUCCGACCCCAGUCUCCGGUGUCCGCAGGGGUUGCGCACCCUAGAGUUGCCGCUUUUUGAGAACCGGUUUUACCUCCGCCCACUCCUUCGUCCUCUAGUUUGGGACUUCCAAACUUCUCCCCUCUCCUCCCCGGGCAUAGUGCGCGCUUUCAUGAAUAAUCUGGUCACAAAACAAACAAAAACGAAUAGAAAAAGAAAAAAAGAGAAAAAAAAGCCGAAAACUUCCCAGGGUUUGCCUUAGAAUUAGCAGGUGGGGAUGUACCCCGUUCCACCACGAGCUCCUCCAGCGCCCGGGGCUCCGGCGUACCCUAACGCCUCUGCGCUCGCGGCCCCGCCCCCGGCCUCCCGCGGGGCUUUAAUGACAUAAGCAACUUUCCUCGCGCACCCCCCGCCCCGUCUUGGUACGGCCUGUCCGGCGCUCGACGUUCCACCCCCCUCUCUCUGCUCUCAGGUUGGUUCAGCCCCCGUCUACACUGGGGUGGUGCUUAGCCGGCGCCAGACCGACCCUCGACUUCGGAGAGGCAGCGCGGUUCCUCUGGGUGUUUCUGCCUCCCCUUCUCCGGCUUCUCCAGCCUCCUCGGCCUCGUCGCCCGCCGCGGGAACCCGAGACCCCAGUGUAUGCCCCACCCCUGACCCCGCUCGCGACAUGUCCACCCCGGCUCGGCGGCGCCUCAUGCGGGACUUCAAGAGGUUGCAGGAGGAUCCUCCAGCCGGAGUCAGCGGGGCUCCGUCCGAGAACAACAUAAUGGUGUGGAACGCGGUCAUUUUCGGGCCUGAAGGGACCCCGUUUGAGGAUGGAACAUUUAAACUUACAAUAGAAUUCACUGAAGAAUAUCCAAAUAAACCACCUACAGUUAGAUUUGUCUCUAAGAUGUUCCAUCCAAAUGUCUACGCAGAUGGUAGUAUAUGUCUGGAUAUACUUCAGAACCGUUGGAGUCCAACCUAUGAUGUGUCUUCCAUUCUAACAUCCAUACAGUCUCUAUUGGAUGAACCCAAUCCCAAUAGUCCAGCAAACAGCCAGGCUGCUCAGCUGUACCAGGAGAACAAACGGGAAUAUGAAAAGCGUGUUUCUGCAAUAGUAGAACAAAGCUGGCGCGAUUGUUGACCCCGGGUACAGUUUAAAGAAGCUGGCCAUAAGAAAAAUAUAUAUUGAUGUGUUUGUCACCACCCUACUCAUGUCAUUACAUUUACUUUAUUAAAAGCAAAAUAGCUGUUGUGCUGUUUCCAUCUUCCUUGCCAAGUUUUCCUACCCCUUCUACCCUCUCCUUAAACAUCAGAAAACACCCUCUAUGAAAUCAAAUGUACUGUACCUGGGUUACUUGCAAAAAUUACUAAUGCUUCAGUUUUUCUGUUGUAUUUCAUUUCCAGUUUUCAGGCAGUUAUUUUUAUUAUUGUACUUUUAAGCUUUUAAGAUGAAUUGUUAUACAAGAGGUGCUUAUGCUUAGCUUGAUGACUAGGAUGUUGUUUUUUAACAAAAUGAUUGCUGAAGUGUUUCAUCCUGGCUGGUCCUUCACUUGUGUUGGAUUUAGAAGUGAAUGUGUUUGGAAUAUGGCCUACAGAGAAUAGAAACAAAUCCAUGUAAACAAUUUUGAAGGAGGGAUGGGAGCUAAAAAUCCUGUGAUACUAAGAUCUCAGUCAUAUGAAUUACAAGAUAGUAUUUACUGGCAAGGAGAAAGUUGAAGGACUCAGCUAAAGGAGUACAGCAAUUGUAGUAACUGACACAUCCUCUCUUUGCAAGCUGCUGACUGGGCACACUCAUGCUAAGUUUCAGAAUUAUUGGUCUUCUGGGUUUUUGCUUUUUAAAAGAGGCGUGGGAGCAGAGGAAUGGAAACAAUCAUGAGUUUUUGAGCUAGGGAAAGUUGGAGAUCCUUUAAUCUUUUUAAAGGAUCAGUGCUGCCCUAGGUGAAUAAACUCAAUUGUCUAUCUUUAUUUUAGAGUUUUAAUGAAUUCAAGGAAGGGAGCAUAGCAUAUCUGUGGCAAACUGUUUUCCACUCAAAUCCUGAGUUAUUGCUGCAUGCUUUAAUUUCUUCCCUUUCAGCAUCUGAGAACCUUAAAGCCAAUGUCUGCAAUCUUUUUUUGGAUAUUUAUACUUUUAGAUAUAUAGUACCUUUAAGUAGCAGUAUGGGACAAGGCUUGUAAAUGUUUUAUCUAAUGUUCUAUUGUCACCUUUUAUGCAUUUAUCACUUCCAAAUCUAACUUUGCACAAGUAACCCAUGUAAAAAAAAUGUACAUUUUUCAAAAGUUGUAAAUAAAAAUAACCUUACAAUUUCA